AGUAGAGUUCAGUUUUCUCUCACCCGCUGAACGAUAAGCAACCAAAAAUUAAGAAAAACAAUUCUUUAUUUAUUUAACACUUUUUUUCUUAACAAAUCACAAAUCCCAACAAAUCAAAUCCCAGAGUUCCUACCAAAGUGAUGGCGUUGAAGAUGAACCACAACCAGAACCAAGUGAAGAUCAACUAUGCGCAGCAGUAUGUGGCAAGGAUGACGGGGCCAUUGGUGGAACCCAUUUUCCCAGUGCCGCAAAUGUCAUCGGCAACCCUGCGCGUUCGUCGCGCUGUCGUCGAAUCCUAUCGCGGUACCCAGGUGGCUCCCGAUGAUGCCAUGCUCCCCAUGCCGCCCCACAACAAGCCCCAAAAUAUUGGCGCAAUUCUGCAGGACCUUCGAUUGCGGCUAAAGGGUUUCAAGUUUUGGCAGCAAGUCAUUCGUGUGCUGAAGAAAUGAAUGCAUCUGAUGCAUCUGAUGGAUCUACACACCUUAACCCUUGUCUACCCUCAAAAUCCCAAUUAAACCAGUUCGCUUUGUGUUCGAUGUUCGGUUGUAGUAGCCAUUUGAAUCAACGUAAAAUCAAUCUCACAUGUAACUUGUAGUCUGGCGUCGUCUCGAAAUUUGUGCACACCUGAUAAUUAACUAAUGUUACGCAAAAUUAAUUUUACAAAUAAAUAAGUGCGUGGAAAAAAAGGUGCAAAUAAUACUAAAACUAUGAAGAUCCUUCGUUACCAUGCCACACACA